AUGGAGAACGCGCGAUUUCUAAUAUAUCAAGUUGGAAUAUAUUACGAAACAAUCAAGAGAACAGGUCAAGAUGGUUACUAUUCUGAAUCGCACGCUGUGACGACUAGUGAUGGGUACAUUUUAGAUUUACAAAGAAUUCCUUUCCGACGUUUUGAAAAUGAAGAGAAUGCCCCAAAGACUCCCAAACCAGUGGUUUUCUUGAUGCAUGGUUUACAAAGUAACUCUGUCAGCUACAUAUUCUUGGGUCCAGACCUCGCCUUAGCUUACCUCCUCGCGGAAGCUGGGUACGAUGUUUGGAUGGGUAACGCAAGAGGCGGUCUCAACUCCCGCAGACACGUUCAAUUAAACCCCGAUGUAGAAAGAAACGCAUUUUUCGAUUAUUCCUUUGAAGACAUCGGCACGAAGGACGUACCAGAAAUGAUUGAUUACAUUUUGAAAGUUACUGGACAACCGCAGCUUCACUAUAUUGGACACUCUCAAGGCGGAACUGUUUUUUUGGUUAUGAACUCAAUCCGAACUGAAUACAACCAAAAAAUAAAAUCGGCUCAUUUACUAGCUGGUGUCGGUUAUAUGGAGCACUUCCCUAACAGGCUUUUAAGAGCACUCGCUAUCAGCACUAACCUAAUUUAUUCAUUUGCUGUAACUCAUGGUAUAGUAGAAGUUUUGGGUCCGGCCGAAACGAAUGAACCUUCUCCAGAAAUAGCUGACACUACUGAGAAAGGACUUUUGGAUACUCUUCUGGACGCUAUUACUUCAUUAUUUGGAGAGAGUGAAAUGUUAGCACCAGCAUCAAUAAAACAGUAUGCUCAUUUCGGUCAAAACAUACGAGCCAAGACAUUCAAAAGAUGGGAUUACGGUCCUAUCGGAAAUAUGCGUACAUACGGAUCUCUCAGGGCACCAUCCUAUGACAUAAGCAAGAUCACCAUUAACACCACCAUGCAUUAUACAGUCAGUGAUGAUCUUUUAGAUGAACGGGAUGUUAUUAAAAUGAGCAGUGUGAUGCCAAACGCAAGAAAUCGUAAAAUAGCACGUGAAUCUUUUACCCACACUGAUUUCGUUGUAGCUCCUGACGCUAAGGAGUUGCUCUACGACUACAUUAUUGAAGAACUUAAUAACUCAUCAAAAUAAAUGUAAUAUUUCAAUAACUAGGCAUUCUAAAAAUAAAAUACUAAAGUGG